CAUCAGUAGAAAUAAUACUAAAAUAAUAAUUGCAAAUAAAUGAUAAUGAUACAUUAGCAUAAAUAGAUUCAAACAAUUGAAUAUGGAUUCGAUUUUGUUCAAUCGAAUAGAGAAGCAAGUAUGUAUUCCAGACUACAAUACAAUAGUCCAAUUAGUCGUAUAGGAACAAUUCUUAGCAAAAUAGAAAAUACUCAAUGCAAUUUUUCAGGAAAUUGCACUGUUAUUAUUCACAAUUUUCACAUUUUUUCAAAAAUAACUAUCAAGUCGACGACGCCUAUGAACAAAAUGGUCGUAGCCUUGUGACGUCUGAAACACGUGUCUGCGCAAUGCGCAGACACGUUUUCAUAAAAAUUUUGGAUCUUGGUUGAAUUUUUCCAGUAGCGGGAAUGCUAGGUUAAGGUUAUGUCGAUGACGAUUACUAUUCUGUGAUUUACUAACCUUUAACUUUACCCUUCACCUUUGUUUUGCAUGUACUCCGCUUGAACGAUAUUUUAUUCAAUACGUUUCGAUAAAAGCAAUAUUUUUCAAUUAAUGAAGACAUAAAUGCAACAUGUAUAUUGAAAACAUAUUUUGAUAAUGAUGCUGAAUACACAAAUACAGUGUCUAUCUUCCUUUAAAUUUUUUUCGAGAAAGUUGAAGAUAAGGUUGUGGGGGAUAAGAGAGAAAGUAAAAUGUUUUUAUAUUGCUGUGAAUUGAAAUAAAUUAGUAGACUACUGGAGUGAAAUAGCAAAGUAGUGUGUAUAUGUGAAUUGUUUAAGUGAAACAUUGGGUUUCUGAUGAUAUAUUGAGAAACUAGAAAAUGAAUUUAAUUUUGCUUACGUUUUCAAUCUUCACUACCACGGUUAUCAUAUAUUCAAGUGUCAUCAACUUUUUUGAAAAAAAUUUGCCUACUUUCUUGAAAAAAAAUUUUCGUUAUGGAAAAUUUGCUUGCAAAGAAAAUGUACAGGGUAUCAUCGAAAUACCCAAAUCAUCUUUUAAGCAGUUUUAUCGGGUUGCUGUACUUGUAUGCACAUAUGCAUUAUAUGAAGCAACUUCAGUAUACAUUUUCAACAGAGAACCCGCAGAAAGGUUAUCAAAUUUCUUACUUAUCACUUGUGGCUCCGAUAGAAUAGCUUACUCUUCUGCAACAAACGUUUAUAUAUCACUGAUAUUAUUAUCUUUGCAAUCAUACCGAAGAUUUUAUGACACACAUUAUGUGUCAAUUUUUGGAAAGAAUAGUAAAAUUAAUAUCUCUCACUUCAUUAUGGGAAUAUUUCAUUAUCCUGGGGCUUUUUUGGCAAUAAUUUGUGAAGCUCCUCGUUUUGCAACAACUACGUUCGGGGCAACAAACUUGAAUCUCACUUCGCUGUCAUAUAUUGAUAUCUUUGCAAUUUUAUUAUUCAUUUGGGCAUGGUGGCAUCAACACAAAACAACAAAAAUUUUGGCCGGUUUGAGGAAGAAUGAAAAAGGAAAAAUAGUUACAAGUGACCAUAAACUACCCCACGGUGAUUGGUUUGAAUACUUAUCGUCUCCACAUCAAACUGCUGAAAUUUUAAUGUACCUGUCCAUUACAAUUUUAUUGUGGUAUAAUAUAACUUGGUUUUUUGUGUUCACUUGGGUUCUCGCCAACCAGGUGGAAACAAUUUUAUUAAGUCAUUGGUGGUAUCAAGAAACAUUUGAGAAGUUUCCCAAGAAGAGAAAAGCUCUAAUUCCAUUUUUAUAUUAAUCGAAAUGCAGGAUAUUCUGAAUAACAAAUAUUUUUGGUAGCCGAGUUGAAAUCAGGUGUUGUGCAGAUCAAUUUCAAGCCACAUUGAUAUUUAUUGUACAAUAUGCAUGUCUUCUCAUUUGAUUUAUUCUUUUUAAAAUAAAUUUUCUCAAAAUCUCA